UCACCUGUGUCUGCAGGAGCGCUCACUGCCAAAGCGCGCUCACAGCAGCGGUUACGCGCAGCCAUUCCAACACAUCACAUUCCCGGCGGUGCGUCGGAACGAAGCGCAAGCGACGACAACCCCGAUGAAUAUUAACCGUUAAAAACCGUUUGGAAACUAACCGACGUCCACGCGGGUGUUUGCACCGAACACUAACGGCUGAAUAGAAGAACCGUUGGUGUGAAAGUGCAGCUGUUAACGCCACGUCGACUAAAACAAACAAACUCUGACAGGUGUUUCUCUUUUUUCUCGGAGUUCCCCACCAUGCUGGACCCGUCCUCCAGCGAAGACACGGGCGGGGAGUCCGACCCAGAAGUUGUGCAGGAGGCUCCCAGGAAACAUGCACCUUCUUCGGGGGGGAAACGUGGAAACAACCGGAGAACCCCCCCCGCGCCUGGAGCUGCUGUCCCCGGGAAAGGUGCUCCGAAAGACUGCAACGAUACAGGUGAAGAGGAGGAGGAGGAGGAGAGGAAGGAGAGGGAGAGGAUCCAGAAGGAGGAAGAGGAGAGGAAGACUAAAGUGCAGAUUUAUGUGUUUGUCCUCCGGUGCAUUGCAUACCCCUUCAACGCCAAGCAGCCCACAGACAUGGCCCGGCGGCAGCAGAAGGUGAACAAGCAGCAGCUGCAGGCGGUGAAGGAGCGUUUCCUGGCCUUCCUCAACGGGGAAACUCAGAUUGUUGCGGAUGAAGCUUUCUGCAACGCUGUGAGGAGCUACUAUGAGGGAAAAGGCAGCGCACCAUCAUUAGCCGACACAGGGAGGAGAGGGUGUGGAGAUGGAGGUGAAUCAUCAGCAGAGGAGGACACUCUGAACUGGCACCCCAACAGGAAGUGA